AUGCCAAGUCCUGGAUCGAAUCUGCCAUGGGCGAUGGCUGCUUCAGACAUCUUCGCCUUUGAAGGUCGUCAUUACCUGGUACUGGUUGAUUAUUACUCCAAGUACAUUGAAGUAACUAAACUCAAUGACCUUACUUCCCAGGAUACCAUCGAAGCACUGAAGGAACAUUUCAGCAGACAUAGUAUUCCAGCAAAACUGGUGACUGACUGCGGUGUCCAAUACACAAGCAAAGAAUUUGAGACUUUUGCCAGAAGCUACAACUUUGAACAUGUCUUAGUGAGUCCCAAGUACCCCCGUGCAAAUAGAGAAGCAGAAGCAGCAGUCAAAACAGUAAAAUCACUUUGGAAGAAAAACAACGACAAGAACAAAGCACUUCUGGAGUACAGAGCCACCCCAAGGGAUCAACCUCUCUCCGUCUCAACUCUCCAUGGGACGUAG